AUGGCAACAUUUAGUUAUGAGAAUAGAAAAGGAAGUGUUAAGAAAUUAAAAGUACAUUUUGAUCUUCCUGAAGACGAAGAUUAUCCAACUGAUCAUAUCAAAAUGAAACAUUCAAGUUCUUCAAUUUCAUCAGAAUCUUCACUAGAUUCAGAUGAUAGUGAUAAAGAUAGAGAAAAUUUUGAAGAAUCUAAUAAUGGUGGUUACGGUUCACCGGUUUGGAGUUUUCAAGGUGGACCAGUGACACAUUCUCCUCCACUUCAGCUGAUGAACCCUAACCCUAACCCUAAUUCUGGAUAUGAUCCAAAUAGGAUACCUUCUUCCGCUUUUGGCCCUAAACCAGUAAGUCCUAUGGAAUGGAGUGUUGCAUCAAAUGAAUCAUUAUUUAGUUUACAUUUUGGAAACAAUAGUUUCUCAAGGGAACAAUUUUUAGCUUCCCGUAAAUCCGGUGAACUCUCAAGGACUAAUGAAUUAACUGGUACGUCGUCGACGACAUUGACAAUAUCUCAAGAGGUAAAUCAUAAAAAUGAUGACAAUGAAAUAGAUAACGAGAGACCAUCUUUAUCGUCCGACUCGUCUCGCGAUUCGACAGAUACGUUAGAUAAAUCAACAAAUAUAAGUUCGGAGAUGGACAAUAUAAGAACAUCAAAUGUUGAGGAAACUACGUUGGAUAAAACUCAUGAAAAUCCUAUUGAAAUAGAGAUAGUCCCUAAUGAAGAACCUAAAAAUUAUGCGACCAAUGUCUUGUACCGUUCAACCGAAAGUGAUAUGAGCAACCGUUCAUUUCAAUUUCCUAUGUGA